AUGGAGUCUGGCAUGUGCAGCAUUUGUAGAACUAUGUCAAGGAUAUCCGUGCUAAUUGCAGUGAUCAUGGCCUCGCUUGUUUUUCAACAAAGUAAGUGAUUUCUUAAUGCCUGCAGACGGCAUUUUUUUAUAGAUACAAUCGUUUUGGUGGGUGGAGAGAUUUUUUCUGCUUUGAUUUCUCUGAAACGCCGGCCAAGCGAAAUCAACUAGCCAAACGCUAGAGGUCGAGAUCAAGAUGGCGAUGCUUAGAUCGCUUGACCGUGAGUAAGAAACCCGCUCACCAUAAGAAUUAACUCUUGGUUCGACCAAACCGAUUUGCAUAAUCAUGUUUAAUGUUUAAAUGGAAAGUCCGACAAUUUGAAGUCAUUCGUCUUUAAUAAGCUUUUCUCCUACCGAAGCACUCCAUACCGAGUAGGUUUGAAUCAAGGUUUGAUGGUUUUAGACUCUGGGGACGUGUACUCGUAUUAAAUUAAGCGAUUGGUAUACAUAUUGAUUUCAGUUUAAAAGCUUUGGCGUGAAAGUUGUCGCGAAAUUCAGUUGUUCCACAUGAAUGAAGAAGUUACCUCGUGCUCUAGAUUGUUUAGAUCAGCUAAGCAAACGGUGUCGCUAUGUGGGCUGGUUUUCGCAACUUUUCUCACUGUUUUCUGAUUUUCUGCUUACGAAAUGAUAAUUCAUUUAUGUACAAACGUGGGAAAAAAUGCGUGGAAUUUGCCACCAUCUUUUGCCAAACAAAUUUACGACUUGACGACUUAACCUUUAGCGAAUGUUUGUUACCGUUUCAUUAGUUCCUUGGGACCGACAGAUUAUAACCUCUGAUGAUUUACAACUCAACGUGAAAAGAAUUGUGCUUCCGUAAAUAUUUUAAAAUACCCCCGUAAAUUUCGAUGUUUUGACGCGUUGAAAGGCUACAUUAACUGUCUGAUCAAAGAAAACAGUUUCACUUUGACGAUAUCAAUUUUAAGUUUAAAAACUUUGUUUGUUCACUCCCACUCAAAAAUUACUUUGUGGGCGUAGUGUUAUAAAUAUUUUAUGCGCAAUGAAAAUACCACGUUUUCCACAUGCUUGAGUAGUAUGCUGCAGCUAGUAUACAAGAUAUCUUGAGUAUUUGCGUGAAAAAAUCUACUAGUCACGAACGUUUCCGUAGCUACAAGAAUUAGCUCGACUUUUAAUCACUUAUAAGGUAAUUGACAAGUUGAUUCCAUCCAAGUUAAGACCUAAUUAAGUUUCCCUAAGAAGAGGAAAGAUUAUUUCAAAACAAAUUUUGAAUGCAUUAAUUAACUCAUUGGAUAACGUACUACGGUAGUCAUAGUAUUCUUUAUGGACCACAUUAUAGAACGCUGGGAGAAGUCAACUGUACAGAGAUAAACCUGUUCUUUUAGCAACACGUUAAUACAAUCAACAGCUUGAACUCUAAAGAAACGAGAGGUACAACAAUCACUGGAAAAGUUUGAAAAAAGAGGAAAAAUGUCACACCAAAGCUCUUUUCUCUCGGAAAGGAGGUUAUCAAUGUGCCACAGGAACCGCAUUGUGAAACAUAAAAUUAGUGACAAAAAGUAGAAUAGUUAUGGACAAAAGAUUGCACCAUGAAUAAUUCACCUGGUUAAAAGGGUGGAGCAGGAUGAUUCAUUCAUAAGUCAUAACAACUUUGUAAGAACAAAAAAGGUGGUAAAAAGAAGCAUGAAUGAAUAAAGGGUGCCAACAGAGAAGAACUGAAUCUUCAUACAAGGCUGACCCCUUCCCUAAACAUAUAAUGUUAGAUAUGAUUUAAAACUAGAUAAAGACUAUCGCUUAAAUGCUUGUACAAAAGCUUCUUAAACUUGCUAACACUUACUACCUCAACAAGAUUAUUCGGUAGGGAAUUCCAGUUUUCAAUAUAUCGUCAUCAAAAAGAAUACACUUUGAAAUAUUUGCUUGUGCCUAGGGUUUCCAAAUCUUAUAUCUGUUGGAAUAUCUUGUGAGUUCCCCUCCCCAUUGAUAGGCUCAUCUACCUGUAAACGAAAAAAUGCAUCCCCCCUGAAAAUAAACUCUUCUCUAGCUUGCAAUGAAAUGAAUUUGACUUUUUACAACAUUUUGAAGCAUAAAAAAGUGAUCAAAUUCAAAAAAGUAUUUUGAUCAGCACUGUUAUGUAGCUUGUAUUGAAACACUUUUUUUAAGUCUGGUUAUCAUGCCCCCCGUUUAUAAGCCCUUGCAAAACCCCUUAUGAAGUUGUAUAAGCCCAGGGCUUAAUAACAAUAAUUAAUAAUUUAAUAUUUAUAUUGCACAAAAUACGUGUAAAUAUGAUCAAAUGCGCAAAAAAUGAAUCUUAUAAAUGGAAGUGUACAGUAUUGUCCAAUUUGGCAUUACAGAAACCCUUAAAAAUACUUGAAAAGUACAACUGUUGUACAAGACUUAAGAAAUUACAAUGGGUUUUCAAAUCCAUCCAAUAUGAUUUACAGAGCUUCCUAGAAAUCAGGAACCUGAAAACCUGAAAUCCAGGUCUCGACUACACAGUUCUUAUAAGUGAAACAAUACUGUGGAAGUAAAUGUGUGAGUUUACAAAAAACAACACGACCUCUCUAAAGGUCUUAAUUUUUCUGUCCCUCUGAGUCUCUCAAACAAUGAUUCAUAUUUACUCGGGGAUAUUCUUUUUUCAGCAUGUGUGUCAUCAUUAAGACUGCUAGAACAGCACUGCAAAUUACGACCAACAAUAAUUCCAGUAGGAAAAGAGGGUUUCAAACCACACCAUAUAAAACUGCAUCAGUGCCAAGGAACGUGUGGUGACUCACAGCCCAGUCAAAAGCCAUGUGCACCAGAUUCAAUACAAGAAAUAAGCUUGGAUGUAACAGAUCUUACCUCCGGCCAAAGAGACACAGUUACUGUGUUUAAUCAUACGAGUUGUAAAUGUGAUUGCGAAGUAAUAAAUAAGUGUAAAUUGGAUAAAGGAGAAAUGCCAGAUGAAAAGAACUGCAGAUGCAUUAUCUUGCAAACUGAACCAGUAGGAGAAGGAAGUGAUAAUAAAAAAGGUUAGUGUGCUUAAGUUUGCAUGUUGGAAAGUGUUUUUCCUACAGCUUGUAGUUUGAGAUAACUAUAAGCAAAAAUAACAUUAGUAACCUCAGCUCUCCAUGAAACCCCAUUUUGAGUAACCAGAAUUUAUAAAGACCCUCCUCUCUCAUAUAAGCUAUGCCUGUACCUAUAAUUGCCAUGAUCUACCUUGUUACAUUACACAUUCAUUUUUCAUUAAUGACAUUACCAGUAAGUGAACGGAAACACAUUUAGUGUUUAUCAGCACAAAUGCAAAGGUUUGAUGCAAGACAACUGACUCACAAAACAAGUAAUUUACAUGUAGAACCAUAACCAGCUAACAAAGAAGGCUAAAAUAUUGCUUUCUUGUCAGUAACACCUCUUAUAGAAAAAAAAAAUGAAUUACUGCUAUCAUGGGUCGCAGCUAUAAUAAACCAACCCUUGAAAAUGGCUGAGGAAAAAUGCCCCUCUGGGGCUGAUCAUAGAGGUUACAGUACUGAGCAACCCUUUUGUUUAUACUACAGUGUAUAUUACAGACACCAAAAAUAGAAAUAAACUUUUAAAAUCCUUUUUAGUAAAAGAGAUGAUUAUAUGGCUAGUAAUUUAUAAUUUUGUUCUUUUCUUCUCUAGUGGAUGUCCUCCCCUAUCAGAUUGGCUUAGCAGUCCUAAGCUUGUUUGCCCUGUGUGUGCUAGUGUUGGACAUGAUCAUGUGCGCCAAAGGACAGGGUGUGAUAUAUAAAGUCAGAGAAAAAUGCUGCCUUUCGGAUCGCGUUGAUGGCAACAGAGGUGAGAUGAGUAAUUAUGACAGACAGUGUACAUUUAUUAUUUUAGACCCAAGGGUGAAAGCAUAAGACUGUUCUUUCGAUAAAAGAAGUACUGACAGUCUGCACAUAGUGAAUAGGUUAAUUUUGGUUUUUAUUAAUUAAGGUGAGGUACGAAGAAAUGGACAGUGCAGUGCAGAAAAGGAAACAAGGAAUGGACAUACAAGCCCAGCAGAGGAACGUGUAUAAUUAAAAAAAAGAAAAGAUGGCACCAAACUCGUCUGAGAGAGGCGCAAGAAGCAGGAUAAAUUGAUGAACUAUCUGGUGGUAUUAAUAUUCUUACUGCCUGGAGUCAGUUUUGGUUUAAAGAGAAAUUAUCAAACUUUAGCAUGCAUAGAUUAAAAUUGCACCUUUAAAUUAUUAGAAGUUGAACUGAGAUAUAAAUGUUGGAAAAAAUAGCCUUCCUUGGGUUGCAAACCAUGCAAGACAUUGCUAAAAAAUUUUUUUAAAUGUAUCUGAAAAUAAUUCACUUAAACAAAAUUUACAAGUUUUUUCAAGAAUUUGUUUUCAAAGUUUCUUGUUUCAACUGUAUUGUUGAAAAAAGCUGUUUUAAAUAUGUUGAGUGCAAACAAGAGUUGGUACAUACACAACAGUUUCAGAUCAGACCAGCGUGCAAAGCAAGUUGUGUCCAAUAGCUCUGGACUAGUGGAUUUUCUCAUCGGGGUAGUGAAUUCUGUUCUCAACUUGCCCAACAGGCAAAUGAAUUUUUUUUUGGGGGGGGGCUUAGUAAUAAAAAUUACUCUUGGGCUGGUACAUGCUAGUUGCAGCUUGCCUGAAUGGCAAGCUGUAUAACUGACUUUCUUUGUUCCCUGGAUCCAACAAAGACUUUUGUCAAGUUUCGAAAAAUACUUUCACGUCAACCACUAAUGGGGUCAAUCCAACAUAUGCACAAUGAAGAAUAUAUUUAAAAAUUUCAGAGCAGAGUGUUUUGUGACCAAAUCUACUAAUGCACAAUGUACAUAAGCCAUUACCAAAAAUCAAUAAUAUUGUUAAUCAUAGAGAUUGUAUAAUAGCUAAUUAUAUAUUUGAUUUUACAGUUUCUUGAAUUUGUAAUAAUUCUUUUUUAGUUUCAAUGAGAACUUGUAUAAUACCCUAGAUGAGUAACACUGAAUGGUAUUUAAGUGUCUGAAGUAGAGCUAUAUUGUUCAUAGACGUAACAUUAAAAGAUGUAAAAACUUAUUAUAAGCUAUAACAUAGCUAUAAUAACAUCAUUGUAGUAUAGUUGGAGGGAUGGGUUUAAUUUAUUACUUCAAGGUGCAGCUUUAUUUAGUAAUGUAAGAAAAUUCCAGUACAUUUUACAUAGCCUAACAUGAACUGUGCACUGUGGGAUCUUGGGUAGUCCUUAAGUGCAAAUACAUGCACACUCUCCUUUUGUCAUCUUGGGAAAACUCCCAAAAUCCUAAAUCUUCCCCUGAUGUCAUUUUUUUAGAACUAAUAAUUUAAAGCUACUAAUAUUAUUGAAAGCCAUCCCUUUAAGUAUGCAAUGUUCACAGAUGCAACCUUCUUACACAUAAUAUUAGUGAGUUUAUGCAACAAGACGGUAGGAAGAAGAGGACGGCAAAUCACUUGUGCUUGAUGAACGUGAAAAGGCUAUUUCUUGCAUAUUUAGUGGUGAUCUUCACUAACAUCAAUGUUUUCUGGUCUUUAACAAGAAGAUCUGUUAAAAAGAGUUGGAAAUUUGGCGAAAAGUUAUUUCAAACAAAAUUAUUGUCAUGCCUUUCACACAAGGUUUGUCGUCUUCUUUCCUCUCCCAUCCCAUUACAUAAGUUCACUAUUUAUCUCACAGAAACAGUUCUGUCAAUAACCAACAAUCCUUUUGGAUUUUAAGUUGUUCACUAUUGCGAACGCAGAUUACAGAUUAGUGUGAUUCACUUUUCAGUAGAAGGUGACGCACAUUGACAAAAAAGUCUUUUUUUAAGUUUUAGUAUCUAAUAAUGCUAACACAUUUUAACAGUAGGUGUGAAAAAUAAAGUACAGGUGAAAUUGUGCAGAAAAUCAACUCCACAAGGGAACUAAAGACAUACUGAAAAAUUUUUGCCACGAAUGGCUGCACAAUUUUUUUGUUCUCACUGACAAUAUGGACACAAGAAUGUGUUUACAGCCUUCUGGAAUGAACAACCAACCACAGGCCCAUAACAAGGGAUGUUAUGCAAAUGUAUAAGAUAGUAGAUUGUUCAUGUCAAAACCCAAAAAACAUUUUUUAGGUUAAAUAAUAACAUCUUGUGAUCAAGAUUUUAUGCUAUUCAGUGAGUGAAACACUUUGGUACUGUCUUAUGGCGGUACUACUUUGAAGUAUUUUUCAAACAUAAAUUUGGUAUUAUUCCUUAACUUUCAUUACAGACUUUUGUGAGUUAAAGGAUCAUUAAUUUAAUAACUGUUAUUGAAUAAUUCAUCUACAGAUGAACACUGGCCUUAUCGGCUUGUUUAGGUCUAGCUCUCAUAGUCUGUUAGGAGUGCUUUAAUUAUAAUAUCGCUAUUGCAGUAGUUGUCCAACCUGAAAAGACUUUACAACUCAUUAGAAUAUGAGCUUAGAGUUCUGCAUUAUUCCCUCUGUUGUUUAAGUAUAUCGUUGGCAAAAUUCAAAUGGAUUUUAUGUUGUUCAUUUGGGACAUUUUAACAUGACAUUGGAAAACCUACGGGGGCACAGUGCUUUUGCUCUGUCUAGAGUACAUCCAUAGAAC